AUGAAUACAUCUGUUGGAGAUUUACCUGGCAACUGCAGUACCACAGGAGACUACCAGUUCUACCUCUUCCCAGCCGUCUACAGUCUGGUGAUGGCAGUGGGCCUGCCAGGCAACGUGGGAGCCCUCUACGUGUUCAUCUUCAAGAUCACUCCCCGCACCUCCUCUAACGUGUACGUGAUCAACCUGGCCCUAGCCGACACUGCCAUCCUCUGCACCCUGCCCUUCAAGAUCCACUACCACCUCAACAGAAACGACUGGGUAUUCGGAGACAUGGCUUGCCGCAUUACAGGAACACUGUUCUUCGCCAACAUCUACAUCAGCAUCACCUUCAUGACCUGUAUCUGUGUGGAUCGAUACGUGGCCGUCACCCAUCCUCACAUCUAUCUGAGGCUCCGGAACUCGUGUUAUACUGUAGUGGUGAGUGUGGCCGUGUGGGUGGUGGCGGGGUUGGCUGUUCUGUCCUUCAUCCUAUUGGGACCUCUGGACAGCAAACCUGAAGGAGGUCCCCGCCAGCGCCGUAGGUGCUUUGAGAACUUCUCCCAGCACGAGUGGGACAGGCGUGUGGCGCCGUACAGCUUAUUCAGUCUCAUCUUCGGCUCACUACUGCCCUCUGUGGUCAUCCUGGUGUGUUACCCUCUGGUGGCACGGCGCAUCGCUCUCAUCCGGACCAACAUGGCCCGUGGAGCCCUGAGGGUCAUCUACACCAUCCUGGCUAUCACCCUGCUCUGCUUCCUGCCAUACCAUGUGGUUCACUUCCUGCACCUGCUCCGCCGUCGAGGGGCCAUCCAUCACUGUCCCUAUGCCAAUGCCAUCUACAAUGCCCGGCGUGUGACCCUGGCUCUGGUCAGCCUCAACAGCUGUCUGGACCCCCUGCUCUACUACUUCACCACUAGUCACUGUAAGUGGAGUCCCUCCAUGGCCAGGUUCAGAUGGAUGUGGGCCGGGAUUAAUAGGGAGGUCUACACCAUCGCUGUGGGACAGUGA